UUGCUAAUUUAUUUGUUUGCUGUGCUUUUUUAUUUUGGUGUACAGUCACAAGGUAAUCAAGAGAGGAUGCAUAACGAAUAAUGAAUGAGAGUCUGAGGUAUCAGAUCGGAAGGAUGAUCCUUGAUGCAAUAGAGCAAGUUGGUGGAAUUUAUGUUGUUACUGCAGAUCAUGGUAAUGCUGAGGACAUGGUGAAGAGGAACAAAACAGGGCAACCUCAACUUGGCAAGGGUGGCAAAAUUCAAAUACUCACUUCUCAUACUUGUCAGCCAGUGCCAAUUGCAAUUGGAGGUCCUGGAUUAGCACCUGGUUGCAGAUUCCGCAGGGAUAUUCCUACUGGUGGGCUAGCCAAUGUUGCUGCAACUGUUAUGAAUCUCCAUGGAUUUGAGGCUCCUGGUGACUAUGAGCCAACCCUUAUUGAAGUUGUUGAUAUCUAGGGCAGCAUAAAGAUUUGAUUCUUUAAUGCAUGGAGUUAGAUAUAGGUUACAAUGCAACUCAGAAGGCUGCGGAGUAUGGAAUGCUAUCAUGAUAAAUAAGUUUUUAUUUCUUACCAAAAGAGAAAAAAAGAAACAGUCACCGGUAUGGUGGCUUCGGUAUUUUGGGCUGUCUGUGGAGGUUUACAGAACAGUAUGGUUAAAAUGGAGUUUUUGUUAUAUCUUUUCUUAAUCAUGAUUUUUGUCAUGAUUCGGUUUGCAUUGAACGUUCCUGUUUAGACUUUAAAUUGAAUGGUUUUCAGCUCAAAAGGCUUAAGCUUAACAGGCUUGUUCUAUA